GUUUUCAUCCUGGUCACUCUAAACUCCACCAUGAUGCUGUUCCUCUCACUGUUUGUUCUGGUUCUGGCUGCUGCGUCUCCUUCAGAUGGACAGGAACUGAAGCUGCAGAGAGGCGACUGUCCCAUGUUCUGGUUCAGCUUCAACAAUCGCUGCUACAAGUAUUUUGCUUCACGUCUGACCUGGGGUGAAGCAGAGAUGCAGUGUUUGUCAGAGGGAGCCAACCUGGUGUCCAUCCACAAUGUGCAAGAUCACGAUUUUGUCUUGUCCUUGAUCAAGAACUUUGAUCCCACUCGAGAAUGGACCUGGAUCGGACUGACUGACAUGCACAAGGAAGGAGGAUGGAUUUGGACUGAUGGGUCUCGAUACAGUUUUUCCCAAUGGGACAGUGGACAGCCAAGCAAUGAUAAUGGGAAUCAACACUGUGGACACGUCAAUUAUGGCAACAAGUAUAACUGGAAUGAUUAUCCAUGCUCAAAUAAAUCACCGUUUGUUUGUUUACUUCGCAAAGAAUGUCCCUAA